CGACAAACGAAGAGAUAGCACAACUCAUUGCCUUUAAAGAACGGAAUUUUUUUCCAAAGAAAUUUCUCAAUUUAAAGUUUUUUUGUUCCUUUCAUUUCAUUCAGUUCUUUUUUGUGAAUAAUCUUAUAUUUAAUUAGUGCCUCCAAAGUCGAAUUUUUUUUAUAAAAAAUAUUUUUAAAAUUUUGUAUAUAAUCCUCGUGAAAAUUUGUAUCAAGCUUUUUUAAUACAAAAGAACAGCAAAUAAUCGAGAAGGAAAGUUGGUUGAAUGAGAAAAUAAUCGAUAUUAAAGAAAACGAUUUAAUAUCAAAAGUGCAAUAACUUGCAGCAAAUCGAGAAGAAAGUUUAUGAAUGAAAAAUAAAUGACCGAAAAUUGCUUACAUAACACGAUACUUUUUUUUCCCGAAACGAGAAGUUUAAGCAGUACAUAGUUCAAUAUUUAAAUCAUAAUAUUUAUGAUUGGUGGAAACAAGUCAAUGCAAUUUUAUUCGUCUUUACAUUGCCAAAAUUAUUAAAGAGAAGGAAUUGGAAAGAGGAUAGAAUAUCAAACGACAAAAAAUAAAAUCAUUAACUGACAUCGCUUGUUUGAGAGAAACACGUGCUUAAUAGAAAUUUACGUAAUAUACAACUCACACAAAGAAAAGUUUCAUGAGUAUUUGAGUUGUGCACAGUUUAUACACAUUUUGGAAGUUCCAACAAAAAAACAGUCUCGCUUUCCAUUAUUAUGGGGAAAAACAAGAAAACUCGAUGGCGAACAUUUUCAUUUGAUGGCUCUAAAGAUGAAACCCUCAUUUCGGAUAGUAAAUUGAAUGAUAUUGACACUCAGCAUAAUUCGUCAGAAACUCCACAUAAAUAUUCACAAAUACUUGGUGAUCAUCAUAUAAAUUAUACAUCUCCAAUAAAUAGAAGUACCAUUCAUAAUUCUAAAACGCGAAACAGCUAUAACAAUAAAGAAAAUUAUUACAAUCAACGAAGUGCUGCUAAAUUAGCUUUAUCAAAAGUUCCAUUCGGUUCGCAUCGUACUCAUAAAUUUCCAACAACUGCCUCAGCAACUUUAAAAGACAACAAGAAACCUGAAGAAAAUGGAUCAUCUGAAUGUAAAGAUGUUCCAGCAAUUACAACCGAAUCUAUAAAAUUUAAUGAGGAUGAGUACACGCGCAUAACAACUCCUCGUCAGGACGUUUUGUUCAAAAAAGGUUACCUGUCACGGAUGAAUAAUAAGACUGUAUCACAACCAGCUGUUGUAUCAACAACAACAGAAUCUACUGCACCAAACAGUUCUAUCACAACGACGAAUAGUGACCAAGAAUCAAGUGUAAGUACAUUAUCGCCAGCAACUACUCCCUCAAUGGAUUAUGGACAAAUAGAUGGAAUGGAUUUUACUGCUCCACUUUACUACCCCGGCUACUAUUAUGAUGAAAAUGGUAUAAUGGUUAUUCCAGCAAUGUAUAAUGGAUAUAAUUACUAUCCGAAUACAUCAUCAGCAACUUCUCCUGUUUAUUUGAUGCCUUAUCCGUACCAAUAUGAUCCAUUCUUUAUGGCUCCAAACACAGAAGUUCCAUUAUCGUCAGAAAAGGACAAUUCGGAAGAAGCUCAAGACGAUAGUGUUGAAUCAGUUGAAUCUAAUGAGAAGUCUGAAAAUGAAGGUGUGAAAGCAAACAGCUCAACUGCUGAAGAAGAAAAUGGUGCUAGAAUGUCAAGCGAAGAUGCAACAAGCAACAGCAGUCAACGUGAGGAAGCAGAGAGCGAUGAAAAAGAUGCAAAGCAAGAGCAAACGGAACAAAAUGAAAACUCAGUGAAUGAACAGUCAUCAAAACAAUAUUUGCCCUUUUAUCCUGAAUUCGGUUAUGUGUAUCCGACAUACGGCAAUGGUUUUUAUAAUGGCUUGUGCUAUUAUAAUGGAAUGCCUCCUCAAAAUCGUCAAACAAAGUUGAAGAGACGCAAGCGAUUUUUAAGUGCUCGAAAUUCCCAUCCGUCUCGUUCCACUGAAACAACAACUGAUUACUCAGAUGAUGAUGUUGGAAAUUCAACAACAUAUUCAAAUAGACGAUAUACACCUAGACAUCAUAAUGGAUGGAUGUAUCAUCAUAAUAAUCAUUACAAUUACAAUCAGUAUCAUUACAACUCGAAAUAUCAUAAAAUGAAUGUAGAUAAAAAUGCUAAUGAGAGGACACCGCAUUCAAAUUUGAACGUAAAUGUUCAAGAAUUCUAUCCACGUGACAUUCAAUCAAAGGAUGAAGAAAAGGAGCAGGAAACUCCAAAAUCUGAUGUGCCAGCAAAAUCAACUAAUGAUCUCCAAAAUCAGAGUGUACCAAAAACAAGAGGUGAAAUGCCGAUAAAAAAUAAAACUAGUCACACAUCCAAAGUAUCAAAUGGACGUGUAACCAAAAAAGAAAUUAUUGAUGGAAUCAAAUCAAUGGAACAACAAAAUAUCAAUUUAGUAUCUGCAUCGAAAAUCCAAAUAAAUUCAUCUAAUAACAAUAAUAAUAGUAAUAAUAAUAAAGUUGAUGACGAAUGGAACAUUAUUAAGAAUGGAAAGAAGAUCAAAGUUUUAAAGGAUACUGCUAAUGGCUUCUUAAACUCAAGUGAGUCUGACGCAAUUAUAGUCGGAAAUGUUGUUGAAGACAAUACAGAAAUCAUUAAAGAGGAUGCUAAACCAAUUGUAUUACCUCCUGAAAAAAUAAAUAUUAGCAUCAAAAAGACUACGCAACAACCUCAACUAUCAAAAUCUACGCUACAUGCCUCAAAUAAUUCUAAAGCAAAAAAGAAUGCGAAAGGCAAGAAAAAUAAGAAAAAGAGUCAUUUGAUGGCAAAACAGCAGGAUGGCUUUGAAAUAAUCGAGCCAGAAUUUGGAAAUAAUUCAGACGAGCACAAAAAGAGCGAGGAAGAAGCGAUAAAUGGAAUUAUCGAAGAGGAUGGAGACUCAGCAUCCGAAUAUUCCAUAGAAAAUAUAUCGGACACAAACAUUGAAUGUGAAAUAUCUAAUGUUGUUACUGUUAAUGAAUGUGAAAAUAUAAAUAUUGUGAAUGAGUUGGAGCCAGUUAAGGAGAUUGAAGAAGAUGAAAUAGUUUUAAAGGUACUUAAUGUGCAGGCAUCUCAACCGUCUGACAAUAGUAAAAAUAAGGAUGUUGAUGAUGCUAUUAUUGACAUAAGUGAUGAAGAAAUUUCCAGCAGAACAAGUAUUGAAAUUGAUUUAUCUAUUGCUCAUGAGAUUGCUGAAAUCGAGAAGGAGGAAGUGAAGCAAGGAGAUGAAAAUAAUUCUAAUGAUGUUUUUGAUGAUAUAAACUUUUUUGAAAAUCGCAAGAAUAUUGCAGAACUGGAACGUGAUUUAAUGGAAAAUUUAAAGAUGUUGGAUGAUGGAAUUGAUAUUAAAAGUCCAAUUAUUAAUCCAUUAUAUGAUUUCCCAAUAACAUCAGCUGUCCAAAAAUGGCUACAAGAAAAACAAUGCGAGUCAUUCGAGAGUUUAUUUCGAAUAGAAAAUUUUAAAAAACUCAGCGAUCUUUAUGAUGAUUGUGAAAAUGAUGAUGAUGAAUCUGACAUAAGCGAUUCGCCGAUCAAAAGUGAAGCCACGGACUCUGAUUAUGCAAGUGAUAUACAAGUUAAAAUUAAUGGAUCACCAGCAAGUUCAAAUGCCAAAAUUGAUACAAAAAUUACAUCAAGAUGCAAUAAUAAGAUUAUAGUCAAAGAGUCAUUUUGUGCACUCAUGUAAACUUUUUCCAAUAUCAUGUGAAUUACGUAUUCUAUGCUUGCACAAAAUAAUCCUAGCAGCUAUAUAUUUUACACAUAAGCAUCUAUCUAUAUAGCAAUUUAUAAUUUUCUUCUCAUUGAAUUUUCGCCAUUCUUAAUUAGUUUUUAUUACUAUGCAUUCUAGUUUUGAGAGUGAAUUCUUUUAAGUGGAGUGGAUCCAACAAUAGGAACAUUGAUUGUGAUUAGAGCUAAAAUACAUAAUUGGAAUUAGUAUGUUUUGUCGUAAUUUUCUAAAACAGAAGAUAUCAAAAAAAAAAUUAGAAGAAAAACUUUUUAAAAAAAUAAUGAAGUAGGAAAUUUAAUCAUAUUUUAAUAUUGAAUAUUCAUUACUGGAUCUAUUCUCAUAAAGAAUAUUUAGGGGCUUCAUGCGAUAUUUUUUAUAUGAAUAAGAUAAAGAUCGGUCAAGAUUGAAACAAUGCUGAAAACACUACUCAAAUUAUCAUUAUGGUUAAUGAAAUAUUCACAAUAAUUAACAUUAUUAAUAUAAUGUAUGGUCUCUAUCAUCUUUAAUAUUAAAUGAAAAUCACGGAUACAUAAUUAAUAAUAAAAAAAAUAAAAAUUAGAAGUUUUACAAUAUUGUUUCACCACUGAUGAACUUAAAUACUACUACGCAAAAUAUCGAUAAAUACCCACCAAAUAUCUGAAUUCCCUUACACAGGAAACGAACUGCUAUCAUGCUCAGUCGCUUAGAUUACUACUAAAGCAAUUACAUAAUGCCUGACAAACAAAGAACAAAAUAUUGAGAAUAUACACCUAAAAUGAUCAAUUUUUCUAUUUUAUAAUACUUGAGUUUUGCUUCCAAUUUCUAAAGGAAAACUGAAGCAAGCAUUAUUUUUAAUUAAAUUGAAAUCGAAUCCUUGCAAUAAGUUUGAUAAAACGAUGAAACGUACUUCCCAACAACAAAAAAAUGUAGGCAUUGAAACAUAAAUAAAAUCAUAAGAAAAUAAAGUUAAUAUUAAUGAAAAAAUACCUUCAACAUAAAAAUGCAAAACAAAUUUGAUUGUUAGAACUGCAAAG